AUGUCGUACACGGUCCGCAUCGCCACUCUGUGCCUCCUUGCUUCGGCUACCGUAGCCCAACUGAGCCUCGGCUCAAACGAGCAAGCCGCCACUGACUGCCUCCAAUGCCCCAACCCAAUCGGAGACAUCAAGGCACUGGCUUGUGCUGUUGAUUGGAUCUCCAAAUUGCGUAUCCUCAACAAGACAACCACUACCAUUGGAGGACAAACUGUUGAUGCUUACACCCUGGAACAUCUUGAUAUUCUGAAGGGAACCCUCGAGAUCCCCUCUCUGAUGAUUGUGCCAAAUGGCCCCUGUGGACUCGUGCUCAAUGUUGAUGCUGAGUACCUCAUCUCUGGUGUUCUGGCUGGAAAGAGCGCUCUUUUCACGAAUCUGUGCCUUCAAAUCCUCCAGACUGCCGAGCCACUUCUCGACAAGGUCAACAAGGGACUUCUUGGAGAAGUGUCUGAUCUUCUCUGCAGUGUCUUUGAUAUCCUUCCCACCCUUGACACGUGGUUGGCUGGAAAUGGAGGUCUUCUCGGACAUCUUCUUGGAGCCAACGGAAAUCCUCUUCUCGAUGGUCUGAUCGGUGGCCCAUCUGGAGCCCCUGGUGUUGUUGAUGUCCACAAGAUGUCGUACACGGUUCGCAUCGCCACCCUGUGCCUCCUUGCUUCGGCUACCGUAGCCCAACUGAGCCUCGGCUCAAACGAGCAAGCCGCCACUGACUGUCUCCAAUGCCCCAACCCAAUCGGAGACAUCAAGGCACUGGCUUGUGCUGUUGAUUGGAUCUCCAAACUGCGUAUCCUCAACAAGACAACCACUACCAUUGGAGGACAAACUGUUGAUGCUUACACCCUGGAACAUCUUGAUAUUCUGAAGGGAACCCUCGAGAUCCCCUCUCUGAUGAUUGUGCCAAAUGGCCCCUGUGGACUCGUGCUCAAUGUUGAUGCUGAGUACCUCAUCUCUGGUGUUCUGGCUGGAAAGAGCGCUCUUUUCACGAAUCUGUGCCUUCAAAUCCUCCAGACUGCCGAGCCACUUCUCGACAAGGUCAACCAGGGACUUCUUGGAGAAGUGUCUGAUCUUCUCUGCAGUGUCUUUGAUAUCCUUCCCACCCUUGACACGUGGUUGGCUGGAAAUGGAGGUCUUCUCGGACAUCUUCUUGGAGCCAACGGAAAUCCGCUUCUCGAUGGUCUGAUCGGUGGCCCAUCUGGAGCCCCUGGUGUUGUUGAUGCGGUCUGCUUGGUGGACUUCUUGGCGGAAAUGGAGGAGGACUUCUCGGUGGAU